UUUGCAAGCAGCCGGACCUGCUAGGAGGGAAGGAAGAACUUUAGAGGGGGCGGCGGCGGCGGCGGCAAGGCAGAAAGGACUUGUCGAGCGCACGGCAGCGAACCGCGCGGUUUCUUCUGUUUUUAUUGGUUUCUGCUCCCCAUCUUGCCAUUUCGUUGGUUUUGUUUGAGAGAAGACGGGGGGAAGGGCUAAGGACACCUCAAUGAAGGAAAGAAGAGCCAGCCAGAAAUUAUCCAGCAAAUCGAUCAUGGAUCCUAAUCAAAACGUGAAGUGCAAGAUAGUCGUGGUUGGGGAUACUCAGUGCGGAAAGACGGCUCUGCUGCACGUCUUUGCCAAGGACUGCUUCCCGGAGAACUACGUCCCCACAGUGUUUGAGAAUUACACGGCCAGUUUUGAAAUAGACACACAAAGGAUAGAACUCAGUCUCUGGGAUACUUCUGGGUCUCCUUACUAUGAUAAUGUCCGCCCACUUUCCUACCCAGAUUCCGAUGCCGUCUUAAUUUGUUUUGACAUAAGCCGCCCAGAAACACUUGACAGUGUGUUGAAAAAGUGGAAAGGUGAAAUCCAGGAGUUUUGUCCCAACACCAAGAUGCUUCUGGUUGGCUGCAAAUCUGACCUGCGCACGGAUGUUAGUACACUAGUAGAGCUGUCCAAUCACAGGCAAACACCAGUAUCUUAUGAUCAGGGUGCAAACAUGGCCAAGCAGAUUGGAGCAGCCACAUACAUUGAAUGUUCAGCCUUGCAGUCAGAAAACAGCGUAAGGGACAUUUUUCAUGUUGCUACCUUGGCCUGUGUGAACAAAACAAAUAAAAAUGUUAAGCGGAACAAGUCUCAGAGGGCAACUAAACGAAUUUCACACAUGCCAGGCCGGCCGGAACUUUCUACAGUCACCACAGAUCUGCGAAAGGACAAAGCGAAGAGCUGCACAGUGAUGUGAAGGAUUUUGUUUCCUUAAGUGGAGGUAGCAAAGACAAUUGUGUUUGGGUGGGAUAGGUGAAGACUCAGCGAGAAGUGCCCAGUGAAAAUGGUCUCUUGUGAGGGCAUGCCAGUGCUAAAAGGCAAUGAUUCACCUUCCAUAGGCAAGAAACUGUACUUGGGGAGUUGGUAUGUAGAGGAAGCAGUGGGAAGAGAUGGAUUCUGAAGGGAUGUCAAUGUUACUUGGAUGAAAUACCAAAUACGAAGGAAACUCUGUGAAUGUGCUAAAGAAGUGAAAGGAUUGGUAGCACCUGAAGAAAUGAUGUCCUGGAGGAUACUUAUUUUUAGAUCUAUUUUUUCGAAUACUGACUUUGAUUACAAUCUAAAACUUUGCUUAAAAAAAAGAAGAAGAAAGUCAAGAUAUUCCUAUUCCUUUCAUUGUGAAGCUUGCCCCUUUGAGACUGUUUGGUUUCCCUCCCUCACCAAAAAAGAAAAAAAAGGAAUAUGAUUGCUUUUCCUUUUAGUUUAUGUUAAAGAAAUAGGAAAUAUAGGUAAUCUAGAGGAAAACAAUUUGUUAAAAGAGGCUUUAAAAUCUCCCCCCUCGGGCAGCUAGAGAAGGAAGAAAUUAAAGGAACCAGUAAUAAAAUAGCCUUCAUAAGCUUCUAAUUAUAUGGAAUGAGGCUGAAGAAAUCUCUGCUAAGAGUAGUUCUCAAACACAGAAUCUUCUUCUCCAUUGUGACUGUAAUGAGAAAUUUGAAAAUUGCCUGAAAGUCAAUUUUUAAAUGGCUUCUUCAUAGGGCAAUUGUAUACUGUAUGGACGUCCUGUUGCAAGACCUAAACAAAUGGUGCUAAGAUUGUUAUAAAAAGGUCCUUAAUUAGAAAGGAAUUUUAGUCUUACUGCCCUCCUAAGCUGCUCCUUGGGUACGAAGGAGGCCAAACCCAGCACUGUGUAAGGAAAUAGGUGCUGCUCUGCUCUAAGACUUUUCUACAAUUCUAUACUGGGUGUUUUGUUUUGUUUUUUCGUUUCGUUUCGUUUUUUAAGUUAGCACAUGAGCCAACAUACCCAAUUAUCUCUUCUUAUGAUGCAUCUCUAAAAUGGCUGCAUAUGGAUGGCUGUCUCUUAUUACACAUUUCUGUUUACUUGUAAUGAGCACUCUGAGGAAAUAGGGGGAGGAGGAACCUGAAGAACAGCGGAGCCUUUAAGGGGUCCCAAGUGGAAACUGGAUAUUGCAUUAAUCCUAAAGGUCUAAUGCAAGCAUAUCCAGACAGUGAUCAUUAAACAUUACUUGUGUGACCCAGAUUCUGUCAAAUUCCUUUUCACUGACUGAUGACUAUUGUUACAUCCACUAAGCCAAUCUUGAAAAUAGUUUGCAGAUGUUGUUAUGCUCUAGCAGACACAGCAGAACCCUGCCGGGGGUGUCUCUAGGACUUGUUGAAUGCAAGCAUUUUUCUCAAAUGCUUCAUUUUUUGAAGUAUUAUUUCCACAAAAAUUCCCCGAUAUAUUGCCACCAUAAUAUGCUUUGGAUUGAUGCAAUGGUAUGCUUAAGGCAGUAUUAAAAAAAAAGCUGGCAAGUGCUUUCUGUAUUUAAGUAUUGUAAAAAAGAAAAAUAAGUUAACUGUUUCAGCAAGACACCCCUCACUUUUUAACAUAUGUCCGUCACUUUGUAUGUUUGGUUAUUGUUUCUGCAGUAUUUAUUUUUUUCUUUUAAAUAAAAAAAAUGUUUAGUCGUUGGUAAAA